AGCCCGACAGCCUCCAUGGCAACGGGACUGUUUGAGGUCGGGGUCCUUCCGCUCAUCAACGAGAACCGCAGGUGUGCGGCAUUAAACAUAAAUGCUUCUGGUGCGAAAAAUAGAUGGACUGUGGCUGCUUUAUCUGAACAACUAAUUCAAGCAAUUCUCGAAAGGUUAACAUUGUGUCAUUUCUCUCAUGAGGAGCCAGAGCUGACCUUUUUGCCAGAAUGGAGGUCGCCCCUGCUGCCUCUCAGACAUUGUGGAAGCCCUUCAGGAGGGGGACCUCUUUGCCGCUGGGCCAGCUGGUGGAGGAGAGCAGGAGCAGAGCCAACACUCCUAAUCAUCUGCUGGAAACAAAAAUCUUUUCCAAACUAAAAAGCAACAGCCUGAUUCAAGCAGAGCCACCAGAACUUCACUUCAGUGGGUUUGAGCUGGGGAAGGAUUACACAAAAAACCUGAAACUAAUCAACAUCUCAUCUGAAGUCAUGAAUAUUCACAUCAUCCCCACUCAAACCAAGCAUUUCCAAAUAGCUUAUACAAAAAAGUAUCGACUCAUCCCCGGGCUCGCCUACACACUGACGGUCAGGCUCUGCCCCGACGAGUGGCGUUACUUCUACGACUGCAUUCGGGUUCACUGCAAGGGGGAAGAGAACCUGCUGAUUCCAGUUCACGCUUACCCCGUCAUCGAUGACCUGCAUGUCCCUGCUCAUAUUGACCUAUCGGCCGUACCACUUGGACGAAGUGUUCGACAUACCAUUCCUUUGAGAUGCAGCUGCCCCGUUGACUUUGAGUUCCAGGUGUACGUCAUUGAGCCCCACGAGUCAUUUUCCAUCCAUCCCCUUACUGGUGUCAUACCAGCCAACGGUGAAGAGAAGAUUGUGGUCACCUUCACUCCUCUCCAGUAUGAGACUUGUCAGGUCACCAUCCAGCUGAUCAUUCUACAGUUCAACUCCAGACCGUACCUCUGUACCAUCGCCGGAAGCUCCGCCCCUCACCUGACCUUAAGUGAGCUGAAGAGAAAGACGGGGCAUGGAGAUGCAAGGCCUGUAGAAUCCAAAGGACCUUCUUCACCUUCCAGCCAAACGCCCCCUAAAAGUAAAACCAAAUACAGGUCGACCAAUGCGGCCGACAGAUCCAAGACAUUGACGGACCACGCCGGUGUUAAGCUCGGACCGAAGCCUUACGUAGAUGUCUGCACUCCCGCAGGGGUGGCAAAGAUGCUGAUCAAAGGCAUUGAUAAGCUCAGCUCUAAAGACCUGAGGGAAGCCAUAUCCUGUGGCAGCACAGAUGUUCUGCAGAACAGGCAGAUGAAAGAAGCCCGCUUCAUGAAAAAGGUUCAACAAAAUGUGAAGGACGAGCAAACCAACCAGCUCAGAUGGCAAGUCCAUCUUGGUAAGGACCCCGUGUCAGAGCUCACCCGGCGGCAGAUAGCAGAGGAGAGAGAGAUCCAGCUGCAUGAAUACAUGGUCAAAAGGGGAGCUGGACGGCACGAGGAAGACUUUGCUGCUGGGAAGCCUGAACUUUCCUCCAAACGAGUGUUGUGUGAAGCAGGACAGGCCUGCGAGGGAGGCCCAUCCUUCCAGUUCCACUCCAGUUUUCAGUGGGAGCUGAAACGAAGAGCCCUCAGACUGUUCCAGCAGGCGGCACGUAAGAUGGUGAUCCGAUGUCGCAUGAACCGGAGACUGGCCUGUUUGAAGAAACUGUCCGGCAGCAUGAAGAACUUGCCCAUGGCAAAGAAAGUUGAAGACAAGACGACUUGUGAUCUGAAGAUCUCGCCAGACAAAGUAUUCCCUUUUGCUUUCCCCGUUUUUGCUGAUGAAAAUGACCCAUUGGCUCCCAGUAGUUUGGUGCCGGUGCCUGUGGAGCCUGUCGAUGUGACUGUGACAACAUGCAUUCCUUUCUUCAAGCUCCAAGUUCCCCAGCACUACAAGCUAAUGGGCUACCGGCCUGUGUCAGUCUGGGAGGCUUUUAACUCUUACACGCCCGCCACUCUGGCCCGACCACUUCGCACUGGAGCUCCGGAUGAGCUGGUGCCCGAGCUGGUGCCCGAUGAGGUCAGAGCGAGUUCUUCCACGCCAGUGGAUUCCCAAACAUUGGAGGGACAGCCGCAUGAUGAUGACGAGGGCGAAGUGAAGGUCGCACGACUCUCCUUCACUGCCCCCGAAGCCCUGCUCAGACCUUUUCCAGCAAAUCCACUCCGAAUCUUUGAUCCAGAUCCAGCCCUGCAGGCCUACAAACCAACCCCUAAAUACUUGGAAAGUGACCCGGAAUUCCACCUCUGUCCUCUGCCCCGGUACACAAUCCCUGAGAGCAACAUGUGUGGCAGAGGCACACAAACCCCACACACUCAGAAGCCGCUGGAUCACAAGGAAGUGAUUGCAGGGCUCAUGACGUGGAAGAAUUUUGAUCCGCCUACCUGGAAGUUUCUGUCCAAACGACCUGCUCUCACCAGUGAGUGUGCGCCUCUCAGGUCUAUCAACUACAGCACAGAUACACUUCCACUCACAGCACCUCCUACUCUCCCCGGACUUCCUGACCAUCUUCCGCCACUAGUGGACACACGGUCCGAAGGCUCAGGCGUGCAACUAACCCCAGAGAUUAUCCGAGCUGAGUUCUUGUCUGCCGAAGCUCUGGUCUCCAAUAGCAACCUGACCAGCGGAACAACAGUCAGGCACCAGCGGGAGCUUCAGUUGGAGGCGACCUACAUUUCUGACCUCAACCAGAUGGGGAAAAGAGUGAUGGCCAGGUUGAAGCACUAUGGAGUCACUGACACACUGGGAGAGGACUGUGAAUAGACAGAUCUUCAGGAAGCAGGCGCCACCACAUCAGAAGUUGAUAGUCCAUGACCUGCUGACACGUAAAGCCCAGAUCAACACCCGGGACCACUGUGGACAUUCUCUCCUUUUCUCCUUUCCACUUCUGUGCUAAGAAAGGACAUUUUCUCAGCAUUCAGGCAGUCGAGGGAAAGUACCAGGUCAACUUCCAUCAACAACAAACGAAGCCGAGCAGAACGCACAACGCGAUUUCAUCUUACAAGCGGCUUUCAUUAACAGCAAGAGAACCAAGGCUCCAUUAGUAACAACACUCGCUCAUUAAUAAAGUCGAUAUAACAUGAGAUGACUUUAUUGUUCAACGCUCAGUGAAGUUCUGUCAGUGGGCUUCAUAAAGGACACAACUCCAACGGACCUCUUUAUUACCACUGAGGCGUUCCGAAUGACCUUCUGUGAUAUCGGCUGACUGGCAGGUCGAUGAAGGGCAGCAAGGACCCGGUGGAAUCAAAGAACGUUAGAGGCGUGUGAAUGCCGUCACGGUUCAAGUGACAUCGGGGAGGGCGAAGGUGGGGGGUUGGAGAGGGCGUAUCCGGUUAAGUUCUUGGGUCAAGUGAGUUAAUGAAGAGUAUUAAACCUUCACAAGCCUUACCAAAGAUGCAAGGUACUGGUCCGUUUGUGAAAGCUAGAGGAUAUUGUAAAUUCUAAUUUCCAUUACAAUUUACACCAUGACAUUGCCACAUCGACCCCAGAGGGGCAAAAGACCAACCCCUCCCCAAAUCGAUACAGUACAGCAGUAUCACUUUGAGGGCGUAGAAUUGAUAAACAUCACUCAGGUGCUAUAUUCAAGGCUUCCAUCCCACCCAUCUAAGCAAUUACUCUUCAUAUCAGUUAUACAUUCGUUUCAAUUAAGGUACA